AUGGCGUCGCCGCCGGACACCAGUAAAACAACAAAGCUUGAACGCUACAACAGCUACAUAAGAAGAGUCAAUAGCACCAAGCUCUUAGCUGCAUCCUCCAAGCUUCUUUUUCGUGUUACCCUUUUGGUUGCUUUAGUCUUGAUCUUUUUCUUUACCUUUAACUACCCUCCGCUUUCCGAUAACCCUACCCCCGCCGGCCACCAUGUUCACACCACGUCCCACCUUCUUUCCUCCGCGUUUUACGGGAGUGGUGCGUCAUGGGAGAAGGAGGUGAGGCGUUCUUCCACCCCUCGUCGCCCAAAUGGGUUUUCUGUGCUUGUCACCGGCGCCGGAGGUUUUGUUGGCACACACUGCUCUCUUGCUUUGAAGAAACGCGGUGAUGGUGUUCUGGGUUUGGAUAAUUUCAAUACUUACUAUGAUCCGUCGUUGAAACGCGCUAGACAGAAGGUCUUAAAGCAACACGAGAUCUUCAUCGUUGAAGGAGAUCUGAACGACGGCGAGUUGUUGGCGAAGCUUUUUGACAUUGUUCCUUUCACCCAUGUCCUUCACUUGGCUGCUCAAGCGGGUGUUCGUUACGCCAUGGAGAAUCCACAGUCUUACGUUAGCUCCAACAUUGCUGGAUACGUGAAUCUCUUGGAAGUCGCGAAAAACGCAGAUCCACAGCCGGCGAUUGUCUGGGCUUCCUCUAGCUCCGUUUAUGGAUUGAACACCGAGAACCCGUUCUCGGAAUCUGAUCGGACCGAUCAACCGGCAAGCCUUUACGCCGCCACAAAAAAAGCAGGAGAGGAAAUCGCUCACACCUACAACCACAUCUAUGGUCUCUCCAUUACCGGACUUCGAUUCUUCACCGUUUAUGGGCCUUGGGGUAGACCAGACAUGGCUUACUUCUUCUUCACUAAAGACAUACUUCAAGGGAAACCUAUCAAUGUUUACCAAACUCACGACAACAAAGAGGUGGCGCGUGACUUCACGUACAUCGACGAUAUCGUGAAGGGAUGCUUAGGGGCUCUUGAUACGGCGGAGAAAAGCACCGGAAAGGGUGGGAAGAAGAAAGGUCCGGCGCAAUUGAGGAUAUACAAUCUAGGGAAUACGUCGCCGGUGACGGUGGGGAAACUGGUGUCAAUAUUGGAGAGUUUAUUGAACGUGAAGGCCAAGAAGCAUGUGAUCAAGAUGCCAAGAAACGGCGACGUUCCUUUCACUCACGCUAACGUGAGCCUAGCGUAUAAAGACUUCGGGUACAAACCCACCACCGAUUUGUCGAGCGGGUUAAGAAAAUUCGUUAAGUGGUUAAUAGAGUUUUUUGCUUUAUGA